GUAGCAGCUAGCAGACAGCGAGAAGGGGGCACGAAAUUGAAGUCUGAGACCUAAAAAGUUUAAAUAAUUGGAGUUGCCGAACUUGUAAUUUGUGAAGGCUGAAGAGGUAAAGGCGUUAGGCGUGAAGCACUGAAGCCUGAAGGUGAGAAUGACUGAUUGGACUGAGAAGCUGAGAAGCCAGGGGCGGGCGGCGGUAGGGCGGUCAACGGUAGGGUGUUCGUCAGUCGUCACCACUUCGUCGAUGUUGGCUGCUCCUUUGUUGGGCUGAAGACUGAAGUCCGUAUUACUCACCUACUCGGCCUUUUGCUAUUCUCGGGCCGUUAGCGGUUGGGCCCAACUCUUCUGCAGAAAACAAGCCCCCAACUUGCUGCAGAGUUUUCCGACCACAACGCCGACGCCCUCAAUCCUCCUGUGCUCUUAGCCACUGGACCUACUCCAAGCUUCACCCAUCUAUCUUCUAACACCAACCUAUGGGUCUUAGCAAAAAAGGUAAACAGACCAACAAAAGUGACAACCGAAAAGGAGAAAACAGAAUGGAUGCUGUGUCAAAGCUAACAGAGGAACAAACAGCUAGAGAUCACAAGGAACAGUUACAAACUCUACAAGAAAAGGAUCCAGAGUUCUUCCAAUUCUUGAAAGAGCAUGACAAGGAGCUUCUUGAAUUUGAUCAUGGGGAAUCUGAUGAUGAUGAAAUGGAAGCUGAUGAUGAGGCAAUAGAAGGUGGAGAGGAAACAGAAGAUGAUGACAAUGAAAAUGAUGCACAUGGAAUGGAACAAGGGGAACUCUCCGUGAAAAAUGUUAUAACUAAUGAAAUGGUUGAUUCUUGGUGUGACUUGAUCCGGGAGAAAAAAAACAUAGGGGCAAUUCGCUCUCUUGCAAGAGCAUUUCGUUCUGCCUGCCAUUAUGGGGACGACAAUGCUUCUGACCCUACAUUGACAUGGAGUAGUAUGUCAAGUGGGGUUUUCAAUAAAAUCAUGCUGUUUGUUUUGAAUGAAAUGGAUGGGAUUCUUCGUGGCUUGUUAGGUUUACCUGAGACUGGGGUUACAAAAAAGAUGGUAACAGAUGUGAUGACUACUAGAAAGUGGAAAAACUUCCAAAAUUUGGUGAAGUCAUACCUGGGAAAUGCACUACAUGUUCUCAACCAGAUGACCGACACUGAAAUGAUUUCAUUCACCUUGAGGAGGUUGAGAUGUUCAUCUAUCCUUUUAGCUGCUUUUCCAGUUUUUUUGAGGAAGUACAUCAAGGUUCUUCUUCAUUUCUGGGGUACUGGAGGAGGUGCGUUGCCUGUUUUCUCAUUUUUAUUUAUAAGGGACCUAUGUAUACAUCUUCAUUCCGAUUGCAUGGACGACUGCAUAAGGGGAAUGUACAAGGCUUAUGUGUUGAACUGUACAUUUGUUAAUGCAACAAAGUUGCACCACAUUCAGUUUCUUGGUAAUUGUUUCAUUGAACUUUUGAGGGUGGACCUUUCCACUGCAUACCAGCAUGCCUUUCUAUUGAUUCGGCAGUUAGCGAUGAUUUUGCGGAAGGCUCUUGAUUCUAAAACCAAGGAAUCUUUCAAAAAGGUCUAUGAAUGGAAGUAUGUAAACUGCCUUGAACUUUGGACUGGAGCUAUAUGUACUUAUGGUUCAAUAGCAGAUUUCAGACCACUUGCUUAUCCAUUGACACAAAUUAUAUCCGGAGCUGCUCGUCUGGUUCCAACUGCUCGGUAUUUUCCCCUAAGGCUGAGGUGUGUCAAGAUGCUCAAUCGCAUUGCUGCCGCCACUGAUUCUUUCAUCCCCGUUUCUCUGCUCCUUUUGGAUAUGCUUGAAAUGAAAGAGUUGCACAAACCUGUGACGGGAGGUGUUGGAAAAUCUGUAGAUUUGCGUUGUUUGCUAAAGGUCACAAAACCCACGGUAAAAACGCGAACAUUUCAAGAGGCAUGUGUUUAUUCCGUGGUUGAAGAACUUGCUGAGCAUCUUUCUUUGUGGAGCUAUUCUGUUGCUUUCUCUGAGCUGUCUUUUGUACCUGCUGUUCGGCUGCGCAGCUUCAUUAAGUCCACCAAGGUUGAUAGGUUUCGUCGAGAAAUCAGGAAAUUUAUUCGUGAGAUUGAAGCGAAUUCUGAGUUUACAAAUAAAAAACGUAUGACUGUUACAUUUCUACCCAAUGUUUCUGAUGCAGCAUCUUUUCUUGAGGUUGAGAAAAAGUCAGGUGCUAGCCCAUUGUCCAAAUAUGUCGUCACUCUUCGUCAGAGAGCACAAAAAAGAAAUGAGUCUCUAGUUGAAUCAAGUGUACUUGUUGGUGAACGUUCAUCGGUAUUUGGAAGUAAGGUAGAGGAGGCUGACCAUGAAGACAAUAUGGAAGAGAAAGGUGAUGCUAUCUUCAGUUCUUCUUCCUGGCUACCUGGAGGCAUUCCCAAUACAAAGCUCACAAAGGAGAAAAAGUCUAAGAAGAGAAAGGAGUCACGGGACGAGGAUGCUUCAGAUGAAGACAUUGUGGAGGAUUUGGUGCUUAGCUCCGAAGAAGAAGAUGGUUCUAUAAGCGAUACACCCACAGAAGACGUGAGCAAGAAGCAGAACUCAACGGUAAGGUCAUCUAAGAAGAAAGGUAAGUUCAAUCCAAAGAGAUCAAAGAAGAGAAAGCUUUCCACUUGAUCAAGUAAUUUUGAGCUGAGGCCCAAUUUUCAAAUGAGCAUCUUUUCCCAAUUUUGAUGUUUGCUUAGUUUUCAUAUUUUCCUUUUAAUUGCGGCCAUAUAUAUUAUAUUAUACAUUGAACCAUUCAUUUGGUGGUAGUUGUACUAUUUUGAUUAGUUUGGUUGCGGUCAAUAUUUACUUGAGGUUAUAUAUUUAUUAUUGCAUAUGCAUAUCCAAUCAGUAUAGGCUUUAUAACUGUUGCUAUAUUAUUUAGUGGAAACUAC